AUGCCGAACGCCGGACGUGUCCUGGCCAAGGGCCUCGGCAUCGACCCCGACGCCCGGUACCGCAACGAGCCGAGAGAGGCCGUCCAGUCCGCCGCCGCCUCCUUCAACUCGGUCGAGCAAUACGAGGAGCGGGAGCCCACCGUCGCCGAGUUCAUCCAAGCCCACAGGCCCACGAUCCCGGGCACGCUCGCCUACAUCAAGUCUCUGUUCCCCUUCUGGUCCUGGAUCUUCCACUACAAUGCCACAUGGCUGCUGGGAGACAUCAUCGCAGGUGUCACGGUCGGUUUCGUGGUCAUCCCGCAGGGCAUGGCGUACGCCCUCCUCGCCCAGCUGAGCCCGGAAUACGGCCUGUACACCUCCUUCGUCGGCUUCCUGCUCUACUGGGCCUUCGCGACCUCCAAGGACAUCACCAUCGGCACCGUGGCCGUCAUGUCCCAGCUGGUCGGCAACAUCGUCCUGCGCGUGCAGGACACCCACCCGCAGUACGAGGCGCCGCAGAUCGCGCAGGCGCUCGCCAUCAUCUCGGGCGCCGUGCUGCUCGGCAUCGGCCUCGUGCGCCUCGGCUGGAUCGUCGAGUUCAUCCCGCUCGUCGCCAUCACCUCCUUCAUGACCGGCGCCGCCAUCUCCAUCGCCGCCGGCCAGGUCCCCGCCCUCCUCGGCAUCUCCGGCGUCAACACCCGCGGCGCGACGUACAUGGUCAUCAUCGACACGCUCAAGGCGCUGCCGCGGGCCAAGCUCGACGCCGCCAUGGGCCUCACGGCGCUCUUCCUGCUGUACGCGAUCCGCUUCUUCUGCAACUUCAUGUCGGAGCGCCAGCCGGGCCGGAAGAAGUUCUGGUUCUUCAUGUCGACGCUGCGCAUGGCCUUCGUCAUCCUCCUGUACGUCCUCAUCAGCUGGCUCGUCAACCGGCACGUCAACUGGGACGCCAAGAAGGCCAAGUUCAAGAUUCUCGGCAAGGUGCCUAGCGGCUUUCAGCACGCCGGGGCGCCGAAGAUCGACACGGAGCUUCUCUCGGCGGUGGCCCCCGAUCUGCCGGUCACCAUCAUCGUGCUGAUUAUUGAGCAUAUUGCGAUUUCCAAGUCCUUCGGCAGAAUCAACAACUAUGUCAUCAACCCGUCGCAGGAACUGGUCGCCGUCGGCUUCACUAACCUUUUCGGCCCCUUCUUGGGUGCGUACCCUGCCACCGGCUCCUUCUCCCGAACUGCCAUCAAGUCAAAGGCCGGCGUUCGCACUCCGCUCGCUGGUAUCUUCACCGCCGUGAUUGUGCUUCUGGCUCUGUAUGCCUUGACCUCCGUGUUCUUCUACAUCCCGAUGGCGAGUCUCGCGGGUCUGAUUAUCCACGCCGUCGGUGAUCUCAUCACCCCUCCCAAGGUCGUUUACCAAUUUUGGGAGGUCUCGCCUCUGGAAGUCUUCAUCUUCUUCGGGGGAGUCAUCCUCACGAUCUUCACCGAUAUCGAGAAGGGCAUCUACCUCACCAUGUGCGCAUCGGCGGCGCUCCUGCUGGUGCGCCUGGCCAAGGCCAAGGGCCACUUUCUCGGUCGCGUCAGGGUCUACCGCGCAAGCAAAGACACGGCCGGCAAGGGGGUUCCCUUCAACGACCAGGGAGAGCCAAUCGACCUGCCUUCGCGCGAGGCCUACGUGCCUCUCCUGAAGAACGACGCCUCGAACCCCAUCAUCGACGUCCAGACUCCCUACCCCGGAGUCUUCGUGUACCGCUUUGGCGAGGGCUUCAACUACACCAACCAGGCACACUACAUGGACGGCCUGGUCGAUUUCGUCAUGAGGCACGCUCGCCGUACGGUCCUCGACAGGUACGAGAAGCUCGGUGACCGUCCCUGGAACGACCCCGGCCCGCGGCGCGGCGCCAAGAUCGACAUGGAAGACACGCGCCCGAUCCUCCGCGCCAUCAUCCUGGACUGCUCGGCCGUGAACAACAUCGACGUGACGUCGAUCCAGGGCCUGAUCGACGUGCGCAACCAGCUCGACCACUACGCCGAGCCCGAGGUCGUCGAGUGGCACUUCGCCAACGUGAACAACCGCUGGACGCGCCGCGCGCUCGCGGCCGCCGGCUUCGGCUUCCCCUCGGUCAGGGACGAGGGCAUCGGCCGGUGGAAGCCCAUCUUCAGCUUCGCGCCCGUCGACGCCGGGUCGAACCAGGCGCCGCACAUCGCCUCGCAGCGCAGCCGCGACGAGGAGGAGCACCGCCACGACGAUGUCAUCUCGCCGCCGAGCAAGAACGUGGGCGACGGCGCCGCGCCGGUGGCCGGUCGCGGGGACGGCAGGUUGGCGGCGAUCCAGGGCAUGAACAGGCCGUUCUUCCACAUCGAUGUGGCCGCGGCGGUGGAGAGCGCCAUCUUCAACGCGGAGCAGAAGAGCGAGGUUUCUCCCACGACCUCGAUUCUGAAGAGCGGUUAG